AUGCCUUGUAGGUCAUUGCAUACAAUUCACUCCUCACAUUGUGCUCACAACUCACUUCUCACACUCACCGGCCGGUAUGUUUUCGUGAGCAAAACAUCGACCGUGUUUUUAAAACCCUAAAUUAAAACUGAACAAAUCUAAAAGAUCCGGUUUUCCCGAGAAGAAGUGCCUUGAAUACAGAGAUCCAUCGCGAUGCAGGAACCGGACGUGGAUGUUUUGCGGGCGUUCAUAGUCGAGCCGCAGAUUCCGCUGCACGAUCCGAAGCGGUUCUACCAGCCACGGCAACCGACGCUGGAACUGCUGUACGAGAUACCUAACGCACCGAUCGGCAGCCGGAUCGUAGCGAAUCGCUGUGCCGAGAUGGGGCGCUUGUUGGACUUUGUCGAGGUGGCGAUUGCGGAUGCCGGUGCGAAUGCGAAAAACUCGAUGUCCCUGCAGCGGGAACCGGUGGAGGGAGAAUCGGCCCGCGGGUCCGCCUCGUACUUCCCAUUUUGGCCCGGUGGCUUUGAGGCUCCGGAGGCAAUGAUUAACACUGUCGCAUCAGCGGACGGUGGCGAUGGCGAUGCGCUGCUGUUCGACGAGAACAACCUGAAAUCCUGUCCACCCGGAUUUACGAAUGGAAUCGAGUUUACGAAGAGCGGUACGAGUGGCAGCAACCGAAAUGCAACGCAUGGUGACACGCAGGCCGGUGCCGUGGUGGAUCUUUUGUCAGCGAUCGAGGAUGAGGAAGGAUUUACGCUGUUGGCCGAGAAGGUUGAGCCAGAGGCUACAACCACCACCACCACCCGAAAAGAGUCCCGUCCGGACGGCAAAACCGGAACGGCUCUAGAACUCGGUGAAGGUGAAGAGGAAGAUCUGUUGGCCACGGAAGGGGUUCAGCAUAGGACGGCUCCGGUUCUGAACAUUUCGGCCAACAGUGGCAAUAAUCUGCAGUCGGCCGAGUGGGCCGAGAUACUGGACAUUUCGAAGCCGGUCGAUGAUUUUUACGUCAAGAUACCGGUAAUGGCACACCGGUUUCCGUUCGAGCUGGACAUCUUCCAGAAGCAGGCCAUACUAAAGCUCGAGGAGCACAGUCACGUGUUUGUGGCGGCUCACACGUCCGCCGGAAAAACGGUGGUCGCGGAGUAUGCAAUCGCCCUGUCUAAGAAGCACCUGACAAAAAGCAUCUACACUUCUCCGAUCAAGGCACUGUCGAAUCAGAAGUACCGUGAUUUUAAGACCACCUUCCAGGAUGUCGGUCUGAUGACGGGUGACAUCCAGAUCGAUCCGACCGCUUCCUGUUUGAUCAUGACGACGGAAAUCUUACGCUCGAUGCUGUACUGCGGCAGUGAUAUCACGCGCGAUCUCGAGUACGUGAUCUUCGACGAGGUGCACUACAUCACGGACUCUGAGCGGGGUCAUGUGUGGGAAGAGGUGCUGAUCUUGCUGCCCGAUCAUGUGUGCAUCGUCAUGCUGAGUGCGACCGUGCCCAAUACGCUCGAGUUUGCGAAUUGGGUUGGAAAGACGAAGAAAAAGCGGGUGUACGUGGUGAGCACGGCGAAGCGUCCCGUGCCACUAGAACACUAUCUGUACACGGGCUUUGGCGGUAAGUCGAAGAGCGAUUGCUUCCUGAUCGUGAACGAACACAGUGCGUUCACGCAGGAAGGCUAUCGAAAGGCCAAAGAGUGUAUGGAAGUGAAACAGGCCAAAGCAUCCGGUGGUGGUGGUCCGGUGAUGCGAAACCAGAAGCGCACGGGACCGUACAGUCAGAAGCAGGAGCAAACGCUCUGGGUUGGAUUGAUCCACCAUUUGAAAAGCCAGGACAAGCUACCGGUGGUGGCGUUUACGUUGUCACGGAAUCGUUGCGAUAGCAACGCGGACGCGCUGCUAUCCUGUGACUUGACGACGGCCCGGGAAAAGUACGCCAUCAAUUCCUUCUUCCAGCAGUGUCUGCACAGGCUCAUUCCUCCUGAUCGUGCGUUACCACAGGUACGGCAGAUGCAGAGUUGCCUCGAGCGUGGUAUCGGCAUCCACCAUAGCGGUAUUUUGCCGAUCCUGAAGGAGAUCGUUGAGAUGCUGUUUGCGCGCGGACUGGUAAAGAUCCUGUUUGCGACGGAAACGUUUGCCAUGGGUGUUAACAUGCCGGCCAGGACGGUUAUCUUCGAUAGUACGCGUAAGUUCGAUGGUCAGUGUGUGAGGCCACUGCAACCGUCCGAGUAUACGCAGAUGGCGGGACGUGCGGGUCGUCGUGGAUUGGACAAGACCGGGACGGUCAUUAUCAUCUGCAAGAACGAGGUACCGGCCGAGAGCGAGCUGAAGACGAUGAUAAUGGGUAAGCCGGUGCGGUUAGAAUCCCAGUUCCGGCUGACGUACGCCAUGAUGCUGUACCUGUUGCGCGUCGAGCUGGUGACGGUCGAGAACAUGAUGCUGCAUAGCUUCCGGGAGUUUGGCAAGCGACAGCAAAUACCACAGAGCAAACUGGAACUUUCCAAGGUACAGGAGAAGGUAUCGCGGCUCAAUAAGCUCGGCGAUCAUCUACAGCCACUUUGUGACUUUUAUCAUGCCGCGGAAGAAAGCAUCCGUUUAUGGGAUGAAAUAAUGCCGAAACAACUGUGCCAGCCAAAGGCCUUGAAUGAACUGAAACCGGGCCGAGUGUUGGUUAUAACCGAGAAGCAGCAUUACAACAAGUUGGCCCUACUGCUGGCCAUCUCGUUGCAAUCGCAUAAAGAUAUGAAACUGACGGUGCUGGUGUUGGACCAUCAGCAACAGCCAGCAUCGGCGAGCGAGGGACCAACAAAGGACAAGGACGACUCGGUGGACCGGAUAGACAGGGGUACCUUAUGGCACCGGAUGCUCUCGCUGGCCACACCGUAUCAAUCUUUCAUCCCGGAAGGUGUCGGUGGGCAUAAGAUUCUCGUGCUAGGGUCAGCGAAUGUGGUCGAGCUGACGAAGCAAACAAUCCGCUGUGAGGCACAGAAGAUUAUCCAAAACUGGGAAACGCGACAGAUACCACGGUUCCGGGAUGCGCCACUGUCACCGGCCGUCAUCGAUGCCGUCGCUAGUUUGAGCGAGCUGCAGGCAACGCUACCAGACGGGAAUGCACUCGGUGUGUUCGAAUCGAUUCCCUUGAAGCUGCUGUUCGAUCACGUCCAGCUAACGAACGACCUGCAGAAGGCUCAAAGUAGGUUGGCCCAGUAUCAACCGUACACGAACAUUGCCAACUUUGAGCACGAGUUCGCGCUCGUGUACGAUCGGAUGCAGCUCGAGCGGAAGCUGGAUGAUCUCAAGUUUCAGGUGUCGUACGAAAGCAUGUCCCUGUAUCCGGACUACUGCCGGAAGCUGGAGGUACUUCAGGAUCUGAAGUACAUCGAUGAUAUGCAUCAAGUGGCCAUGAAGGGACGCGUUGCUUGCGAGAUGGGCCAGAACGAGCUGAUGAUCACGGAGCUGGUGAUGCGCAACAUUCUGACUGACCUGCAGCCGGCCGAAAUUGCCGCCCUUCUAUCGAGUCUGGUGUUUCAGGCCAAAACCGACGUUUCACCGAAGCUUACGGAAACGCUCGAAAAGGCUGUAGUACAGUUCCGGGAGGUGGAGAAUGACAUCCGUUCGGUCGAACGGCAGCACGGUGUGAUGGAGGUGGUCAAGAAGGAAGAGCUCAACUUUGGUCUGGUCGAGGUGGUGUACGAGUGGGCCUGUAAUAAACCGUUUGCAGAGAUUAUGACGCUUACGGACAUUAAGGAGGGUAUCAUCGUGCGAUGUAUUCAACAGCUGAAUGAAACGCUCUGCAACGUGAAGGAUGCUGCACGCAUUAUCGGUGAUCCGGUGCUGCACAGCAAGAUGGAGGAAGCAUCGAAUGCGAUCAAGCGGGAUAUUGUGUUCGCUGCCAGUUUGUACACCUCCAGCACACCGGUCGUUAUCGUCGAAGAGCAGCCGACCAACAGCAGCGACCUGCUUAAUAGAUUGUAAUGAAGUUGUUUUAAGAGGGAUGAAAUUGGGGACUGAGUCCUCCGAGGUUGUACUUUAAAAUUACACUUUUUUUAUUGAAUAGGCAAUACACGGUAAUAAUUGGAAUACGAACAAAGAAAUGCUU